AUGCCUCCUUCAUCAUCUCUCUCCGCUGUUGCGGUGCCCCCAAUCCUCCACCUGCCGCCUGAGGUCCUAAUGGGCAUCCUGGCUGACCUGGAGAAUCCGCUCGAUCUCUAUCACAUCUCUCUGACGAGUCGGGCUUUCCAAGCUCUGGCCAGCAAUCAGCGCCUAUGGGAAGCCCAUUAUUGGCGCUUCUAUCGAGCGCAAUACAAGAGCAAGGACCCGAUACAACAGGCUCUCGCCCGGCGCCGCACCGCUCAGCGUCAGGCCACUAUGUUUGAGUGGCUGUUUGCUGCCUCGUCUUAUCCCUCCUCACUUUGCCUCGAACCUCUGGAGGUCAUCGACUCUUCCACGUUGGACAAAUUGACCGACCUUAUGGUCGCUACAGCAGAUCGGCUCAACUGUUUCACUUCCAGGGUCGUCGGCGUCCGACUCAGUCAACGUGGUACCAUGAGGGACCGCAUGCACAACUACUUCACCCGCAUCCUCGAUUGUGGUAAGAUUGAGGUCAACGAACUCAUCCAGUAUCUGUCAAGGCUAUUCUGCCACUUUCUUUCCAACAACACCUUCACCAGGGACAGCGUAGCAUUCCUCCCGCUGUUGCGAGACGGAGACUGCAGAGACAACGGCAUUCAAGCCACCGCGAGGCAGCUUCCCGACUUUCGCCUGCUCUUCGCCACUCGAAUGAACCAAGAUAAUCAGCUGAUCAUGGAUCUGUCUGCGGUGCGAGACCCUUCCAAAGACUUGAUCCGCAAGCUCCUGCGCCUCGCCGAGCGCUACGGAGAGGACGCCAAAGAGCUGCUCGCCGCCCUCGCUAGCGACCAACAACUGACCGCCAGCAACAUUGACCAAAUGCUGAGUCCUUCUGCCCCGUCGAAGUGGCCACGAGCCAUCGACGUUCAUCACCGUGCUGGCUCGGGCUCAUCGCAGCUUCUGCUUAGCAACUGUUUCUCCCUUGGCUACGUAGCCCAGCGUUUGCUUGGCUACCUGCAAAGAUGCGAAGCCAUCUCUUCGCUGCGGAGCCUCAAAAAUCGCUGGAGCGUCAACGCACGGCAGAGGAGCAGCAAGAUGGUCCAGGUCUCACCACGUAUCUUCGUGUGUGUCAAGGACGACUGCGCCGAAGGAGAAGCUGAGCUGCCGCCUCCGACGCUCAAAGAGAGGGCAGCGCGAUGCUGCACAGGGCUAGAGGAGGCCAUGGAGGAUCUAGCUCUAUUCAGGGGAGGGGAACGCAGCGAGAUGAGAGAGUAUCUCGACACGCUGGCUCUCUUCCUCUGGGCAAACAUGAAGUCCUUGGACCGACUGAGCGCUGCACAUCGCGCCGCAGGCUCUACAUCCCACAGCCAAAGCUCAGAUGAGGAAGAGACCGACUACCCAGAAGGUUCUACGAGGCAGCUUGUGUGGCGCAUGCUUGACACUAUGCAAGAUCUAGGGUUUGCCCACGUCAAGUCGUAUCACAGCGACACUGAGGAUCAUUUCCCUCACAUUGCCCUGUGGUGCCCCGCCUAUCGGCAGACCAUGCCCAUCAACUACGUGUCGAUCUUCUGCUCCGUCGCUCGACGCCUCGGCAUUACAGCCGCUCCCACCAUUAUAUGUGAUAUGCCUAUCAUCCUCGUCAUCGAGGAAGGCGCCGAGCCACGUCAAUGGCCUGGCAGUGGGGACCCAGAGAAAAAGGAGUGGGGUCGUUUCUUCAUUGAUCCUAGAGAGAAGGAUUGCAUCAUCGAAGCCAAAGACAUCAAGGCCAGCCUACUCAGAGAGGGGCUUGUUUCAGGAGGGGAGAGCGCCAUAGAGAAGAUGAUGGAGCCAGCCACACCGCUAGACAUUCUUCCACGCACAGCUUCAACCAUCAUGGAUGCGGCACAAAGGCUCGAGCAAGGUGACUCGUCCACAGAUUCGGACAAUGACAGCAACAACGGAGGGGACGUCGGCGAGAUCGGUAGCCCUAGCGUCAGUCCAAGUCUAUCACCAUCCAGCUUCACGCCUACGGCAGAGAAUGGGAAUUCCCUCGCCGCCUUGGGUGAAUACCUCGACGGCCGUCGCUCAUCGCUGCCCUGGCCCCUCUACCCUCCCUUGCUCAACUCCACAGCUGCGCGUGUCCCCUCAAUGAAAGCUGAAAUCCCUCGAGCUCAUUCUCACACGGCAAGAGAGGAUGCUGAGUAUUCUGCCUGGUGGCUGAAGAGCACUCUGCGUCCCGACGACUUCGAAGGUGGCAGAGAAGGAAUGUCUAUGGCGAUGGGACGCUUCAUACCGGGUCAUGCCGGCGGUUACUACGCAAUCGACUCUGCUUUCUUUCUCGAGACUCUGGCUGGGCGCUCGGGCAAGGGUUUGGCGGCCGCGCUCGUCUGGAGCGACCCAUCUCUCCAGGACCUGGAGGAUGCGGACGUUAUACGCUUACUCGAGGAGAGAAUCUUUGGCUACGAGAAGCAACCCAGCCCCGGCAUCGGCGGACAGGGUGCUGGCUCAGAGGCACUGCGUUCUGGGCCUGGUGGCAUGUCGAGUGAGCUGCUCAGUCGAGCUUACCCAGGAAAUGAGCGCGUUGAGCAUCGAGUAGGCACGGUCUUCACGCAUCGAGUCAUGGGCUAUCGAGGAGUCAUUGUGGGCUGGGAUCGAGACUGCGCUGCAGAGGGUGGUUGGAUAAUUCAGAUCGACCAGGAAGGCGGCAAGGACCAGCCAUUCUACCACAUCGUAGCCGAGGACGGGUCACGCCGUUACGUGGCGCAGUGCAAUGUCGAGCCUGCCCACAUCCCCGCCGGGUCGACUACCAAGCAGGCCGCUGCUAUCUUGCGCCUUUACGCUCCUCUCUUCAACAACAAUGUCCGCCUCCUGGGCGAGGCCUUUCGCUCGGUAGAGAUCAUAAUGGGAGACAUUGACAAGGGCCAGCAGGAGGGACGGGGGAAGAAGAAGAAGAAGGGUGUGAAGCGGUGGCAGACAGCAGCAGCGGCACAAGCGCCAGCGAAAGGCCAGAACGGCUACCUUCGCAUGACUAUGACUCAGUGGAUGAAGGAAGCUUGGCCGCACGACUGA